GAGGUCGCGGGCAAGAUGCUGAGGCGUGGCGCUUCCGUGGACGUCGUGGACUGCGCUGGUCGUGGAGCACUCUUCCACGCGGUUCUGGGCGCCAGCCUGGAGGGCCUCAGCGCCGUCAUCGAGUGCGGCGGCAGGGUGAACUCUUUGGACGAGGAGGGGCGCUCGCCGCUCUACCAGGCGUGCCUCAUGGGCGAGGAGUCCCUCGUCGCUCGCCUGCUGGACGCCAGAGCGGACUCCAACCUCGCCAGCCGCGGCUCGCAGGUGGUCGCCGCGGGAGGCGGAGGCGGUGCGGACAACGACGAGUCGGACGCCGCCAUGGCCUGCCUUCAGGAGGCCAGAACCUGCCUGCAGGCCCCCGAGCCCGCUUGCCGGCCCCACUAAUGGCCUCGGCCAGGUGCCCCGCACGAGGGGGAGAAGGAGGAGC